AGGGUGAGCGAGAGAGAGACGACAGUCAAUUCACUCGCAUUUUGGAUCUCGUCGACCUCAAACCAAGAGUAGGAUAAACACCGGAGGAGCGCAAGAUAGUCAACAUAGGGGUUCUACUGAAAACGAUGGGAGUCCCUCAGCUUAUGUGCACCGUAUGAACGUUUAUGGGUGAGAAAAUAGAGGAAAUCCAAAGAAGGGAGGUGAGGUACCAUCAAACCUUAAUGAUCCAUGGGCUGUGUGAGGGAAUUAGGAUGAGAUCCCAGGAAGAGAGCAACAGCGGCAGGAAAGAGACGCGGGAGCGAGGAUGAAAGAGGGAGUCAGCCAGUCAUCACCCGGCGCCGCCUGAUUGCAUCACCUGUAGCCAUCCUGCUGGAUAAGUGAGACAGCCUUGUACUAUGACCUCCCCAGCGGCGCUGCUGCUGUUUCGGCUGCUUCUUGUUGGCCUGUUUAUGUGUUCGGAGGUCGGGGGCGCCGGCUCAGUGCUCCCAGCCGCGAGCAAGCGCUCCCUCUCUCGCGUGCCGCAGCAGCCGCCAUUGACUGAGGCUGAGCGACUGGAAACUCGGGCCGAACUAAGAGGUUUAGGCGCCGCACAAAAUGAAAACUUCUCGGCACAUCUGAAAGACUCGACCAGUCGCGGCCCCGGGGUGGAAGUGGAGUCAAGGGCCUGUGAAAUUGAGGCGCGAGCUAAGCUUUUGUCAGGCAGCGCGGACAGCUCUCUGGGAUCCCCUGCCCGUGCACACUCCGCACCUCACAAUGAAACAUCAAACGAGAGCCCGCGUCCGACCCAAUCAGAGAGACCUCCAGGCGCCGUCCUUCAAAUCAGAGACACCCCAGCGUCCCCCGCCACGGUGGAAGGGGCCUCGGGAGGCACGCUGGGUUAUAAUACAUCAGCAAGUCAAAGUGGAUUAGCCGAUGAUGUCCUUGCAACACCCCAAAUCCUCUCGGAUACCGGGGCGCACGGAGAUGCCACGGCAACAGGCAGCCAUGUUCUCCGGCUGCGGCCCGAGGUGGGUGGGAAUGAUGGCGAGGAGACCGUCGGCCCUUGGGUGGGCCCCUCGCCCACAGACAGCGGCCACAGUGGAUGGGGCAUGGUCUUUGAGGGGACGGGCGAAGGAAGUGGCCAGGGGCAACCCCGGUCGCGAGGCCGAAGGAGCUGGAUCUGGAACCAGUUCUUCGUGAUUGAGGAGUACAGCGGGCCGGAGCCAGUGCUGAUUGGGCGGCUUCACUCAAGUGUGGACAAAGGUGAUGGCAGCACAAAGUAUACUCUGAAAGGGGAAGGGGCCGGGUCUGUGUUUGUGAUUGAUGGGCGGACGGGCAACAUUCAUGUCACAAAGCCCCUGGAUCGCGAGGAGAAGGACCAGUAUCGUCUCAUCGCCACGGCGACUGACCAUCAGACUGGACGUGCCCUGGAGCCAUCCUCGCAGUUCAUCAUCCGUGUGCAGGACAUCAAUGACAACCCGCCCUUGUUUCUGGAUGGGCCAUACAGUGCUACUGUACCGGAGAUGGCCAACAUCGGCACAUCUGUAAUCCAGGUGACAGCAACAGAUGCAGAUGACCCUACGUAUGGGAACAGCGCUAAGCUGGUGUACACUCUCGUUCACGGCCAUGAGUAUUUCUCAGUGGAUCCGCAGACAGGUAUCAUCCGCACCGCUGUGCCGGAGAUGGACAGGGAGACGCAGGACCAGUAUCACGUCGUCCUCCAGGCCCGAGACAUGGGGGGCCACCAGGGGGGCUUGACGGGCACCACCACCGUUACCGUCUAUCUGAGCGAUGUCAACGACAACCCUCCGCGCUUCGCUCACAGUGUGUGGUCAUUCUCGGUGUCAGAGCUGGCCAUGCCAGGGGUGGAGGUCGGCCAUCUCUCAGCGACAGAUGCUGAUCUGGAGGAGAAUGCCAAGCUGGAAUAUUCCAUUGUGGAUGGCGAUGGAGGGGACACGUUUAACAUCAGUGGACUAAACCAAGAGGCUGUCAUCAUACUAAACAAGGCAGUGGAUUAUGAGAGGCGCAGCUCGUACUCUCUCACGGUAGAGGUCCAGAACCCCACGGUCGAUGCUCGCUUCCUGCGGAAGGGCCCCUUCAAGGACCGCGCCAUCGUCCAGGUGACCGUGCUGAAUGCAGAUGAGCCGCCACGCUUCUCGCGUUCGCGCUACCGUCUGGACGUGACGGAGAACUGCCCUCCGGCUUGCGCCGUGGGCCGCGUGGCUGCUGUGGACCCAGACACGGGCCAGAGCAGCAACAUCAGGUAUUCCAUUGACCCCGAGUCUGACCCUGAGGCCCUAUUCCGCAUCGCCCCGGACCAUGGCCUCAUCACCACGACGAUGGAGCUGGAUAGGGAGAGAGAACACUGGCACAACAUCACCGUCAUAGCAACACAGAGAGACAACCCCAGCCAGGUGACCCGAGUCGGUGUUGCCAUCGAGACACUGGACCUGAAUGACAACGCCCCCGAGUUGGACAGGCAGUACUCUGCAGCAGUGUGUGACUCCAGCAGCCCUGGACAGGUAGUGCAGGUGCUGCACGCCGUAGAUAAAGACCAAGGCGGUAGUGACUCACCAGUGCACUUCAGCAUUCCCUCUGGAUCCAGCACGGCUCUCAACUUCAGCAUCAGAGAGAGGGGAGGUCCUGUAGCCAAUCUGGUGCUCCUGACCGCCCUAAAGCCCCGCUCCAGCUCCUCCUCAUCCUCCUCCUCUUCGUCCUCCUCCUUGCACACCCUGAUGGUCCCCGUGGUCACGCAGGACGGGAUGUCCGACCUGAGCAGCACGUCCACGGUGACGGUGGUGGUGUGCCCGUGCCUGAGUGGUGGCAUGUGGGUGGAGGAGAGGAAGCGGCAUGCCAGGAGUGGCGAGAAGCCCAGGCCGCCAGUGCCGGCCGCCGCCGCCGAGUGGGAGCGACAGACCGUGUGCCUGCCCGUCCCGUCCACCUCGCCGCUGCUGGGUUUCAGCUCGGCCGCCAUGUUGGCCAUCCUGGGUUGUGCCUCCACGCUCCUUGUGGUGGCAGCUCUUGCCUUGUCCCUGCGCCGGCAGAAGAGGGACGUCCUCUCGACCACCGAGGAGGACGAGAUUCACGAGAACAUAAUCACCUACGACGACGAGGGGGGAGGGGAGGCCGACACGGCCGCCUUCGACAUCCUGGCGCUGAAGAGCGCUCCCCACAGCGUGCUCAAGGGCCACCGGCUCCUGGAUAGCAGGAACAUGUACUCCCAGCACAACCUGGACAGAACCUACAGUUGGAGCCAGAACACAGGCAUGGACCCUCGGCGUCCGGGGUCGGCCCCGAUGUACGGCCGCUUCUGCUACAGCAUCCACACCUUGCCCGUCAUGAAGAACAACAUGGGGCCGUUCAACACAGGCCUCGACUUGGCCAAGUUGCCUUACGGUCUCGCUAGCAACCGGACUGAUCAAACACUGGUCAUCCAGACCCAGGGGAACUACGGCCUGAUAGAUCCUGGUUCCAUCUGCAUCAGACCAGCGGGUCCUAGUAGUAUGGAUGGGUCAGAACACAAGGCGGCGGAGGGGUCCACCGACAGCAAUCUCAAAGAGAGUGAAGGAGGAAGUGAAGCCACCUCUGAUAGCCAGAUAAUUCACCAGGAUCAGCUCUCGGAUCAAACUCUUAUUCUUACGAGCUCCAGCCAGAACGGUUCUUGCAUAGAGAACAACAGCACUUCCUCCCUGAGCCAGCCGGAGGCCUCUCCCCAGUGCAUAGACACGACCACGUCCAGCACUCUGCUGCCACCGGUGCCGCCAACGGCCACCGACGAGUCGUCCUCAAAGGCCACGGGCUCUGACAAAUACACGGACAAUAUCAUCCACACCAACGUCACCCAGAACUCUGUCCAGCUCGAGAAGCCACAUCGAACAAUGGAGGGAACCCUGUACAGAGGGGCAGGGAUCCCCGCCACGAGCACUCCGACAUACUCCGAGAAAGUGGGCAUGCUGAGCGUGUUUGCUGUAGGGGGGAGGGAUUAUGCCCCGCAGGUAAUGGUGCCGUUCCCUGGAGGCAUGUUAGGGUACGGAGAAGGGUGGGGCUUGGGAAGGGGCAUGGCUGCCGCCAGGGGUGGCGCCAACACUAGCUCGGAUUUGACCAAUAGGAUGGGAGAUUUCCUUCAGCAUCGCUUGGCUCAGGUAACCUUUGACCCCUUACAGCCACCCUACGAUUCGGUGCAGACGUACGGCCUGGAGGGAAGCGGCUCGCAAGCAGGCUCCCUGAGCUCUUUAGAGAGCGAGGGAGACACGGAGCUGGAGUCCGCCGGCAGCAUAGAGGAGUGGGGGCCAAAGUUCGACAGGCUGGUGUCCAUUUACAAAGAGAGGGAACAAGAAAAGGAGGAGGCGAAAAAAGGGAGGGAAAACGGAGAGGUGAAAGAGGAGGCAUCUGACAAAGACGAAACGGAAGAUCCGGAGGGAAAGGGACUUAAUGACAAACCAAAGGUGGAGCAGACAGUCACAGGGGUGCAAAUGGAAGACGAUCAAGGUGAGGGGAUAGAACUUUAAAGGCAAGGAAGAAAAGCGGAUAAAAUGAAAGAGAGUGUGAAGCAAGCGAGCGAGUGUGUGAGAUGGAGGGAGGGAGGGAGAGGGAGGAAAAGAGGGAGAGAGGGUGGGAGAGAGAAAAAAGAAAGGGGGGUAAAGAUUUAAGGUAACAGUGCACUGAGGUGAAGUUCUUCCAAAGGCAAUAAGAGUUUUGAAAACUUGUGUGCACAACUGAAGACCAAGGGAAUAUUUUAGACUUUAACAAGCACAGAAAGGUAUGCUAGUGCAACACCCCCCCACACACUAGAAGUUAGGGUACACACACCAUACAAGUUACAGGUUCAGUCACUUCUAGACCUCUCCUGUAACAGCAAUGUGAAUAAUUUACUUUAGCACUCAAAGCCAAAGUUAUGAGACAUCUCAUUUCUGAAAUAUUGAUUUCAGAGCCCAGCAAGUUGCAUUGGAAAAUAGGCCUCAUUAAAAAUGCAGGAUAUCUGCCAUAUUAAUAUUGAUGUAUUAAUAAGAGUAUUCUCUCUCCCCGAGCAAGUCGAGAGAGUGCGCACUGGCUGAGAUGACUCAAUGACGCUCUAAAUCGGUGACAAUCGAAUUCGAAAUCACACAUCAGAUGCAGUCGCGCUCGCUAUUUCGUGCAUGGGUGACCAAAAUAUUGGCAGGGAGAAUGUGCGCUGGUAACAGUCCUCUUUCUUGUGCUGUGCUAAUAAUCGCUCAGUACAGAGCAUCAGACUGGUGCUUUCAGUAAGAGACCCACCCGAGAGUUGGCAUGUAGAUAUGGCACUUAUAAUUGUUCAUACAGUAGUCAAAUUGAUGACACACUAUGCAAAUGUGACCCCCUCCAAGAAGAUGACCAUUUUGUAGUAAGAGCACCUGUGUUUUCCUAUUGUAAACUCUGAUAUGGACUGUGUACUGUGUAUAUGUAAAUACUAAUCUUUUAAACGCAAUGAUGACAUUGUGAUAAUUGUGAAGGAGAGAGGGGAAAUGGUGUGGAAGAAGUGUAUCGGUUGCUGUCUUUAGAUUGCCAGAUUAUGUGUAGAAUUUGAACCAACUGAAACAAAUAUACAGGCUUAUGCCAUGUUGCAGAAUGGAUUUGAUCUUUUUCUUUGUGGGCCAGGGGAAACUGAAUGAAGACCAUUGUCAAACAAAACUCCAGUUUGCUGUUGAACUGUAAAGCAUUAGUAGUCUAGAGGGUGUGCUGAGAGACAUGACUUCUUUGGCUACAGUUAAGCUUAUCCAUCCAGUGGGCAAAACUAUCUAUUUACAAUCAAUAAGCUGUGACCAUUGCAUCUUUUUAUAUCCGUCAUUGCUGGAUCUGAUGCCAUUAUUCCCGAUGUUGUAAUCCAAUCUAAGACCAUUCCUCUGUCAGUACCUUCAAGGCAAAAUAAAAUUUCUC